GUGACGAGUGAUAAGAAACGUCUAGCUGACAUCAACUCAAUUGUGAAGAAGGCUAACACGAAGUUACAGGAGAUCCAAGAUGAGUUGCAAGAACUGGACGCUCUUAUUGUCGUCACCAAUGAUGCGACGGGUGCAGAAGAGAGGCCCGGUUCCCCCAUUGGUGAGAGGGAUGCCACAGAGGUACCGGAAAACCAGCGGCUGGUCUCGCUUCAGAAACAGCUCAACAUUGAGUUGAAGGUGAAACAGGGUGCCGAGAACAUGCUGCAGAUGUACAACACACCCAAGGACAAGAAGAUGCUGAGCGAAGCGCAGCAAAUGUUGACUGACAGCAAAAGCAAAAUCGAGUACAUCCGUAUGCAGAUCCUGCGGAUACAACACAUCAGCUCUGAAGAGCAGCAACAAGGAGAUGGGGACAGCGGUAAACGACAUGAGGUGAUGUCACCACUCGACCUGCGGAUCGAAGAGCUGCGGCACCACGUGAAGAUUGAGGCAGCUGUUGCAGAUGGCGCUAAGAACGUCAUCCGACUACUGCAGGGUUCGAAAUCACAGGAUAAAAAACCCCUGCAAGAGGCACAGCACCGGCUCACGGAGUCCAACCAGAAGCUGCACCUGCUGCGCUGCUCGCUCGACCGUCUCAUGCACAGCCUGCCGAAGAACUCGCCGAAGGCAGCGGCGCUGAAGCAGGAGCUGGAGCUGUCGAGCCCGACGCACUACAUGCAGAAGCGCGGCAGCAUCAUCACCGCGCAGCAGCAGCAGUACUCGUCGCUCACAAAGCCGAUGGCGCUCACGGGCAAGCUAGAGGUCAGGUUGAUGGGUUGCCAGGAUCUGUUGGAGGACGUGCCGGGCCGGUCCCGGCGCGACUCCUCGACGAGCCCCACCGACAACAUUCGCGGCUACUUCGGCGGCAGCAGGAAGUUCCACAGUCGCAGCUCCAGCAAGUCGUACAGCGUCAAAGACGACAUAUCGAACCGAAAUUUGACGGUAUGAAGCUAGACAUCACGCUGUUG